UCUCUGUGUCUUUCGGGAAGAUGAGGCUUGCUAAGGUAGAAAGAUCGUUUCAAUAAUUUACGAUUUUGAAGGCAGAAGGUGAGCGCUUCUUUACUUUACUGAAGAAUGGAUGCAAGUUUACAAUGACAGGAGACAAGAAGAAGAAAAAGCGGCUGGCCCGCAGCAAUCUGCUGGCCAAGAAAAUAGUUAUAAAAGAUGGAGUGACUCCACAAGGGAUAGGAGAGCCCAGUGUCUACCAUGCUGUGGUCGUCAUCUUCCUUGAGUUCUUUGCCUGGGGAUUGCUUACGACCCCUAUGCUUGCUGCGUUACAUCAGACUUUCCCACAGCACACGUUUCUAAUGAACGGGCUUAUUCAUGGCGUUAAGGGGCUGCUGUCGUUCCUGAGCGCCCCUCUGAUUGGGGCUCUCUCGGACGUGUGGGGUCGGAAGUCCUUCCUGUUGCUGACUGUGUUCUUCACCUGCGCCCCGAUACCUCUCAUGCAGAUCAGCCCUUGGUGGUACUUUGCAGUGAUCUCAAUGUCUGGAGUCUUCGCUGUCACAUUCUCAGUGAUAUUUGCCUAUGUCGCUGACAUCACCCAGGAGCAUGAGAGGAGCACUGCCUACGGCCUGGUGUCGGCCACGUUUGCAGCAAGCCUGGUAACCAGCCCGGCGAUCGGCGCCUACCUGUCUCGCGAAUACGGUGAUACUGUCGUUGUGAUCCUGGCUACCGCCAUCGCCCUGCUGGACAUCUGCUUCAUCCUGCUGGCGGUGCCGGAGUCCCUGCCCGAGAAGAUGCGCCCGGCCUCCUGGGGAGCACCCAUCUCCUGGGAACAGGCAGACCCCUUCGCUUCUCUUCGUAAGGUGGGUCAAGACUCGACGGUUCUCCUCAUAUGUAUCACCGUGUUUCUUUCCUACCUUCCUGAAGCCGGACAGUAUUCAAGUUUCUUCCUUUACUUGAGACAGGUAAUUGGGUUCACUUCUGAGACGGUGGCUGCAUUCAUAGCGGUGGUUGGAAUCCUCUCUAUAUUGGCCCAGACGGUGGUUUUGGGUGUCUUGAUGAGAUCCAUAGGGAACAAAAACACCAUUCUUCUGGGCCUGGGGUUCCAGAUCCUGCAGCUAGCCUGGUAUGGCUUCGGAUCCCAGCCUUGGAUGAUGUGGGCAGCAGGAGCCCUGGCUGCCAUGUCCAGCAUCACCUUCCCAGCCAUCAGUGCUAUAGUGUCCAGGAACGCUGACCCUGAUCAGCAGGGAGUGGUGCAGGGAAUGGUCACAGGGAUCCGAGGUCUGUGUAACGGUCUGGGGCCGGCUCUCUACGGUUUCGUCUUCUACCUGUUUCACGUGGAGCUCAAUGAAAUAGAUGACAGGGAAAACCUAGACAAAGCUGCCAAAACCAACAUGGUCAACCCCACUGAUGAGCGUUCCAUUAUUCCUGGGCCGCCUUUUCUCUUCGGAGCGUGCUCCGUCCUCCUCUCGAUCCUGGUUGCCUUGUUUAUUCCCGAGCACAUUCUAGCUAAUGUGUGGAGGAUAUAG